AUGCUAUAUUACUCGAAGUUUCCAACUCAGUCUCAACACGGACAUACAACACUCACGCUCACACUCGCCGCCACCACCACCAUGAUAUCCGACAAACCAUGCCAUCUGCUGGCGCUUCCGAGAGAGCUCAGGGAUGCGAUCUACUCAGAGCUGCACCACGAAGUAGCUCUCACCCGUGAUCGCAAAGGCCACAGCACUGGCUUUGCGAUGCCCGAAUUAGUGAUGCUCAAGAAAGCACCUCUCGUCUCGCUGCUCUGCACAUGCAAGCAGAUCAAUCACGAGUACAGCAAAAUAGUGUACGAAAGGGCUCACCUCGCCCUAUACCCGGUGGACCUGAAGAAGAUGAUGCAAGCUAUCGAGCACAAUGAUGGCAUACCGGAGACCAUCUUCAAGCACGUCCGUGAAAUUACAAUGGUCUUGUGCUACAGUAUCCUUAUCGUGGACAGGUUGUACGACGAGUUCCGCGAGUCUAUGAGGGCACACGCCGACGCCGUCAGAUCUGCGAAGGACUUCGGGCAGGAGGCGCUCGAAGCCACUCGCCGCAGACACUGGACACCCACCAAACAAACCCGUAUUUACCUUCGCCACAUACUCGAAGAGCUGAACAAGACAUUCUCAGAUGAGGUGGUGUCACUUCGUGUACAUAUCCACAUCUCAAAAUUUCAAGCUGGUGAUUUCGAGUGGGUUGAGCUCGGUAACCUGCAGCUUAACGACCUCGAUGAUCUCCACAACUGUCCCGAUACGCCAUACGCCCGCAAAGGUCGGCUGGAGUUCUUCUUUCAAUUUAUGACACCCUUUUUCUCUCAGAUUCUGGACUCCACGAGCGCCGACAUAGGAGAUAGAAGGACUCGAGGUGAUAGCACGUUCUACAGAACCAAAGAUUCAGACGAGGAAGGCGGCUGGCUCUGGUGA